AUGCCUUUCGAUGAAAAUGGUGUCAAGUGGUCAUGUGAGCCAUGCAUCCGGGGCCACCGUUCUUCUAAAUGCGCGCAUUACGAUCGCCUUAUGGUUAGUGUUGGCAAGGCCGGACGUCCGCUGUCUAAGUGUCCACAUGUUGAAGGUAGUUGCAACUGUAAGAAGCUCGGCGCCUUCAUGGUUGCGAUCCCAAAGGGUUCGGGCUGUCUAUGCAGACCAGUUUAUAAAAUGCUGCUUGACGAGAAUAAGCCUACUCCAGCGGUCUCCCAGCUUCCCAUAGAUUUGACUGCUGCCCCCAGCGGCAGCAGUGCUAGUCCUAGUCCAAACAAGAUUCAGAAGUCUAGCAAGAAACAGGUGAAACCUGCACCAGAACAGGUCACCAGAGCCCUUCAUUCUAUACCCGAAUUUCAUCAGCAGGGGCUCCAGUAUGGCACCCAGCCAAUCAUGAGCCCUUAUACGCCACAGGCGCCAGGCGCCGCCUAUUCAUACAACGCUCUUAACGGAGCGUUCCCGCAUCCCAACGCUUUCCCAACCGCGAACAACUUCUCAAAUGGUCUCGGAAUUUCGAGUAAUGGGCUUACAUCUAAUACUUUUCACACCGAUGUCUUCCAGUCUCCUAUGGAACCUAAAGCCCCCAUGUCGACGCGGGCUGGGGGCUCCUGCUGCUCCAAUUCCCGGGGCGAGAAUCCAAAUGUUGUUAAGACAGAACCCAACACUGUCAUGUCAAAUGGAUAUACUAUGUCUCCCCUGACAUCUUAUCCCGUGCAAAAUGCCCCUCCCUCAACUUGGCAAGGAUUUCCAAGCGUAGAUGGCCAUUUUUCGCCUGUGGGUGCGACAACCAAUGGCUUCCAGCCCGACAUGUCUGGAUUCGCCCAUCAUAUCUCGCCCAAAAACUAUGCCAACCCCCCCGACGUUGGUUUCGAACAACUCACCAUGCCACAUUCUGGCUCUGUUACCACACCCGAUCCGGCUCAGCACAACUCCGCACUGGAGGCUAGGGACACUUCCAGUAGCUGCAACUGUGGUCCUAACUGUAAUUGCUUCGCAUGUCCUGAUCAUCCAUAUAACGAUGUAACCGUGCAACAUGUUCAGGAAAUGGGACGCAUUAUCGCAGAAGACUCAGGUACCCCAGCGGAUGAAAGCAGCCACCAGGAAACUCAAUCCAACGGGAUCCCUGCCAACGAUCCGCAAAUGGGCCAUCCGCUCGCCGAAUCCGAAAACAAUAUAAAAGAUAGCGUUGAGAGCGCGCCGGCGCCCGCCGGACAGUGUUGUGGCACCAAUGGCAGUACAUUGGAUGACGAUCAUGAAGCCCAGGCUCUUGAAUCCUUUACCGCGGACCAUCUUAUGAUUCCCGAUGCCUAUUACACCUAUGAGUAUGAGAUUGGCCUACCGGGUGCUUGUGCUGGUGAGGCCGGUAACUGUCAAUGUGGCCCUAGCUGCAGUUGCCUCGGUUGUUUAACCCACGGAAAUCCAUAA